UGAAAAGUCAUGGUGCUGAGAACCUCUUUAUAUAGGCAUUUAUUGCACUCACAGUAGCCUAUAUACAGUUGUGCCUCCUGGUCUAUCUCAAACAUCAGCAUUUUACAACACUUUACCGAACCUUUAUUUGAGCAGGGAGCCCCAUUGGGACCAAGGUUUCCUUUGCAAGGGAGCCCUGAAGAAGAGACCUUAUCUGCUGGUAUUCAGAUAAGAAUAAGUAGGCAGGCAGCAUUGAAAAAUAAGUAACUAUUUGUUUCACUUGUAGAUCUCCUAGCUGAACUCAGAGGUGGGGGUUGCCUGCAGGUCAAGUACGGAGGUGAGGUUGUCCAAAUAGCAGUUUUCAGACGGACUGUGCGCUGCAGACUGCAGUACAUCGCCACCAGAACUAAACAAGCAGAACCUGCAAAUAGAAACUUCAGUUUUCACUCCAGAAGGAGACAUUUAAAGGGAUUUUUAUUUUACUUUCACUAAGACUUCAUGUCACGCCAAAUAACCAGUUAAAAGGGACCAGCAAGCCAGCUUCUCUGCGCUGAGACCGAACCCAGGCGAGCAGUCCCCGAUGAGGCUGGAGGCCGCCGCAAGGAUGGACCUUAUCAAGAAGCUAUGGAGAGCACGCAAGCUGAUCCUGGUGGUGCUGAUCCCGCUGUCGCUGCUGCCGCUGCCCCUCAUCCACCCCACCAGCGAGGCCUGCUGUGCGUACGUGUUGAUAGUGACAGCAGUGUACUGGGUAUCAGAAGCUGUACCCCUGGGAGCUGCUGCCCUCGUACCAGCCUUCCUAUACCCGCUGUUCGGAGUGCUCAAGUCCAGCGAGGUAGCUGCAGAGUACUGUAAGGACACCACUCUGCUGCUGAUGGGGGUGAUCUGUCUGGCGGCCUCCAUAGAGAAAUGGAAUCUCCACAAACGCAUCGCUUUACGCAUGGUCAUGAUUGCCGGAGCCAAGCCUGGCAUGUUGGUGCUGGGUUUCAUGUGCUGUACGGUCUUCCUGUCCAUGUGGCUCAGUAACACCUCCACUACUGCCAUGGUGAUGCCCAUCGCUGAGGCCGUCCUGCAGCAGCUCAUCAGCACCGGCGUGGCCGACACCCAGGAAGACUCCGAAACCGUCGAGGCCACCGAGGACGGCUGCCUCAGCGACAGGGAAGAGAAUCUGGAACAGAACCAACUGGAGCGUCUGUAUCGCAGAGACAGCUGUAUGAAGCAGGAGCUCUGCACUCUGACUGAGUUGCCGACUGUGGAGACUAACGGGACUGGGAGGAAGGCCAGUAAGACCAGUCUGGGCCAGUUGUCCCUAAAACAGACCAACGGACACCUGCCAUCGACAGCGAUCAGCAUCCCAGAGGCCAAGAAGGAGAAGGAGAGCAAGAACUCUCGCUACCCCACCAAGAGAGAUCAUAUGAUCUGUAAAUGUCUCUCGCUCAGCAUCACGUACGCAGCCACCAUUGGAGGCCUCAUCACCAUCACCGGCACCUCCACCAACCUUAUCUUUGCCGAACAGUUCAACAAUCGCUACCCGGAUGCGAAGGUGAUCAACUUUGGGACCUGGUUCAUCUUCAGUUUCCCCAUCGCGAUCAUCAUGCUGCUGCUGACCUGGGUCUGGCUGCACUUCCUCUUCCUCGGCUGCAAUUUCAGGGAGACAUGCUCGUUGAGUAAAAAGCGUAAGACAAGGAGAGAGAUGCUGUCAGAGAGGAAGAUCCACGAGGAGUACAUAAAGCUUGGGCCCAUCAGCUACCCAGAGGUGGUGACAGGAGUGUUCUUCAUCCUGAUGACUCUGCUGUGGUUCACCAGAGAACCGGGCUUCGUACCCGGGUGGACGUCGCUGUUCGAGAAGAAAGGCUACAGGACCGACGCCACUGUCUCUGUGCUACUGGGCUUCCUGCUCUUCCUUAUCCCGGCCCGUCGGCCAUUCUCUCGGGCCCCCAGAACCCCCGCAGGGGACAGCUCCGCAGAAAGAGACCCAGACCCCAUGGCCCCCAUGAUCACCUGGAAGGACUUCCAGAAUCUCAUGCCCUGGGAGAUCGUCAUCCUUGUGGGAGGGGGCUACGCCUUGGCUGCUGGCUGCAAGGUGUCAGGGCUGAGUGUGUGGAUCGGCAGACAGCUGGAGCCCAUGAGUGGUCUACCCCCGUGGAUGGUCACGCUGCUGGCCUGCCUGCUCGUCUCCGCGGUUACAGAGUUCGCCAGCAACCCCGCCACUCUCACCGUGUUCCUACCUAUCCUCUCUGCUCUGUCGGAGACCCUGCAGAUCAACCCCCUCCACACACUCAUCCCCGCCACCAUGUGUGUGUCAUUUGGGGUCAUGCUGCCUGUCGGGAACCCCCCCAACGCCAUAGUGUUCAGUUACGGACAUGUGCAGAUCAGCGACAUGGUGAAGGCAGGAUUCGGGGUGAAUCUGAUUGGUGUUCUCGUGGUGAUGCUGGCCAUAAUGACCUGGGGCGUGCCCCUCUUCAACCUGACUGAGUACCCAGACUGGGCCAUCGCCAGGAACUUCACUGGCAGCUUAUAACCACGCGGGGGCGCGAGAGAGAGUGCAGACGGUCACAGAGA